GGAACAAGAACCUUCGCAAUUUUAUAGUCUCGAGAUCAGCCGCAGCUGAAACCGAAAAUGUCGGAUCCCACGGUUGCAGAUACUCGCCGAUUAAACUCUAAACCGCAGGAUCUCACAGAUGCGUAUGGCCCCCCAAGCAAUUUUCUUGAAAUCGACGUUUAUGACCCACAAACGAUUGGAGUCGGCCGGAACCGAUUCACCACCUAUGAAGUGCGAAUGCGGACAAAUCUUCCCAUCUUCAAACUUAAGGACUCUGUUGUGCGAAGAAGGUACAGUGAUUUUGAGUGGCUGAAGAAUGAGCUGGAGAGAGACAGUAAGAUUGUGGUGCCCCCUCUCCCUGGGAAAGCUUUAAAGAGACAGCUUCCCUUCCGAGGAGAUGAGGGUAUCUUUGAGGAGUCCUUCAUUGAAGAACGGAGGGUAGGCUUGGAGCAGUUCAUCAACAGACUUGCAGGUCAUCCCCUGGCCCAGAAUGAGCGCUGUCUUCACAUGUUCCUUCAGGAUGAGUCCAUUGACCGGAACUACAUUCCUGGAAAAGUGUGAAUAAACAGCCCAGGGAUGAAAAAUUGUCUACUCUGCCCCCCACCCCUACACCUCCUGGCUGUUUGGCUUUAUCAUUAGAGCCCGCGCUUCCUCUUCCACAGGGGGCCUCCUCUCACAUCCUCCUUAACAACUGCAUCUCUGUCGGAACGCUCUGUAAAUACUAUGUACAUAUAUACAUAUCUUAUUUGUAAUCUAUGUCGGGGGAAGCUGUCAGGAUACUUGCAUGAAGAGCAUUUAACUUGUAGCAGAAGUUUGAGUGGAGAAGGUGAUUUCAUGAAACGAGUUAGUUAGCUACCUUGGGUAAACCUUUUGGAACAAUAAUAUUUUCUAGUAGACUUGAGGCUUAGUCAGUAAGGGUAAUGAUUUGGUAAUGGUUAACAACAAAUUAGAAAAUACUGAGUUGUUUCAGUAACACAGGAUUGCUUCCUAACUCAUGAAUUCUGCUUGGCGAAAUAUAAUUUGGUGUAGAUUUCUCAUGUGAAAAUGACAAAGCCUCUGAAUACUUAUUCCAGAGCCACCAGUUUCUUAGUUAUAGAGAUUGAUCUCUAGAUUUUCAAAGGGAAACCUGGCCUACCUGACUCGCCAACACAAAGAAAAUCAUUCUAUUACGUUCCAUAAUUUUAUUUUAUUUUUUAUAUGUACUUGACAACUCAUUAGUAAGUCUUGAUAGAGGAAUGAUUCCACAGUAUAAUUUUAUUUUCGCCAAGAGUUAUGAUUGAGUCUUAGGGGACAAAUAUUCAUACCACCUCAAUGGUCAUCAAAGAUUCCAUGGCACUUGCUGCAAUAGUAGGGAUGUUAACCCUGAUCUCUUCUUGGGAAAACUCCCAACCUAGCUUCUCACCACCAUGGCCACAUAAUCAUUCUAAACCUCUCUUCUCUACUGCAAUACUAUUGUAGGUUGUUGUUGUUUUAACUUGUGAAAUAAAGGUUGAUCGAUAACAACUAGAAUGUCCAGCAGGAUACCUAUUUUACACUUGCUGAUACAGGGUUGUUUAAUGUGUGGGGUGAGGCUGAUUGUACAAAGGCCGGCCCUCUCAAUCUGAUUGCUCUGCAGCCCUGUCAAUCACCCUUCACACCUCUGUUCAUUCAACCAAUUAGGGCGCUUGGAUGGGAGAAGAAGCAAGUAUUGCCCAAUGACCAUAGAGAAUGAUAGAGGCCUCUAGUGGCCAAAAGGUCAUAUUAGCAUGGGCAGCGCCAUUGAGGCCUUCCAUCAUUUUAAUGUCUGGGUGGGACUUCCAACUUCAUUGGCUGAUCCCUCCUGGUGAUCUUGUUGGAGUCAAGUCCAAACGUGUCCUCAGGAGUGAUCAGCCAAUCGUGAAGAAGAAAAUGGACUACUUCAGAAUGGAGAUGGCAUCAAUGGAACUGCCCAUGCUGAAAGACACUAACAAAGAUGAGUCCUCUAUCUAUGGUAAUGACGGACUCCACCAUGCAGUGUUUGUCCAUCAAACCUAACCACACAACCAUAAAGAACUAUCUCUAAUGGAAACAGCUGUGUGCGGUGUUGACAAGACAAGUGAUCAGUAUGGGCCUUAACAUCUAACCGGACAGCACUAUAGUGAGCAAACCAAAAGCAAUCAGCAUUAAAUGUAUAUGCACAGCCAACCGCUCAGACAAGCUCCAACCAGCCGUUUUGUCAUGGUCCUAGUUCUCGCCGGAUUUAGCGACCAACAAUUAUUUUCAUUGAUGCAGCCGGACAUUUUUGUAAUCAAGCACCAAAGACAGUCCCUGCUGCCCUGUGAUUGUGCCAUGCCUUCCUGAAACAUCCUCGGCCUCACCACAACAAAACUGAUGGCUACUCGCCAACCAUUUCAUUGGGGUUUUAUGUUCAUGUGUAUUUGACCGCCAUUCAAAUACAUAAAGGCUGAUUGUUGCUUCCUCUUUAUUUUUUACAUUAUUGACCACAAUGUAAUGUUAGUUUAUUAAACCGCUGUGAAAAUCUA